CAUGGGACCAGGAGUCACGGGUGGGGGACGGCUCUAUCACAGCGACGCACCACAACAAACCCGCUGAAUCCAGCAGUCUACUUCUGCUGAGGGACCAUGAAGUUAUUCACUGUGAAUAACUUCUUUCUUCUGUUUGUUUCAACAUCUGUAACGGAAUAUCAUCGAAUUUUAAUGACCACUCACGUUAUUCCCGGGACUCUUAAUGCCUAGGGCAGCGGGCCACACCUUCGUUUAGCGCAACAGCUCCACCACCCAGCUGGCCAGAUGGGGUGCCGAUGCUGCAGAAUGAUAAAGAGCUACAUCUAUGACCCCUCUGCCGUGGGGGAGCCGGGGAAGAGCGAGCUGUCGGGGUCCGGCGGCCGGGGGUCCCUCUACCAGCCCCGGGGCCCGCCGGGCGGGGCCGCGGGGACCCGUGGCGGGGACCGGCAGAAGGAGGGCGUCAGCAACCUGGCCUACAGCAAGUCCAACGAGGGCACCCUGAAGCUGGAGGCCGACAACAACCACGUCAACCGGCUGCCCGAGCACCAGCCGCCCCCGCGGGCCCCCGGCGGGGGCGCCCUGUACAUCAUCCAGCCGCAGGCCCCGGGGCCGCGCUGGACCACCGAGGAGGCCCCCCGGCCCAGCCAGGUGCCGGUGUACCCGGAGCCCCCUGGCGGCGGGCGGCGGAGCGAGCCGGGGGGCUGGGACACGGCGGACGAGGAUGAGGGAGUGGGGGGGACCCCUGAGUACCGGGGGGACGGCGAGGGCAGCGCGCUGUCGGUUGAGACCCUCACCAGCACCGCCAGCGGGUCCUCGGCCGACGACGCCCCCCCCCGCUGGCCCAAGGCCGCCGACGCCUCCACGGCCGAGAGCGGCAUCUCCAUGACCAAGAGCGAGGACGAGGAGGGGGAGGGGGAGGGGCGGCGGCGCCAGGAGGAGAGCGAGGACGUCCGGAGCGUCACGGACUCCAUGGUGGCCGAGGCGCUGGCCGCGCUGGAGGCGGCCACCGCCGGGGAGGAGUAUGAGUGAAGGGGGCGUGGCCUAGCGCUGGAGGCGGCCACCGCCGGGGAGGAGUUUGAGUGAAGGGGGCGUGGCCUAGCGCUGGAGGCGGCCACCGUCGGGGAGGAGUUUGAGUGAAGGGGGCGUGGCCUAGCGUUCCCGAACAUUGGAAGGACGUGGAAUCCCUCGGUGGAACAGAACCCGGGCCGUGUGGCAGGGCAAAUAUAAAUAUUAACACACAUAUAUAGAUCUUAUAUAUAUAUACACACAUACGCACACACACAUAUGCAUAUAUACGUAUGUUUACACAACAUCAAAGACUCAAAUCUGCCAGAAGAAAAGACUGUUUAUUUUCUUUACCAAAAGAGCAGAAUCAUGAAGGAAGUACAUGAAGGAUAUUUAUCUGUUCUUGUUCCAGGGCAGUUUCACUGACAGCCACAGAAGAAAGGAGCGUUUGUAGACUGUGAGUAACGCCUGUGGCAGCCGUGCCCUGUUGUAGCGUUUCCUGAUCUGAAGUCAGCGUAUCGCAGCCCUCCAUGGACCGGAGACUGAAGCACGUCCUUCUGCCAUAUCAGUACUGCCUGCGUACAAACAGGCCAUGGAGAGCUGCUUCAUUUUCCGUUUUACAAUCUAUACAUCAAUGGAUUUAGUGUGCUAAAUGAACUUAAAGUCAAUGUGCGGCCAGCAUGUGAAAGACAGAGGCCUUCUGAGAUGCAGCACGCAGCCUUAAUGAUGCGUGUUGUGUUUUGUAACUUUUAUAUAUCUUUUGUACAUCGUUUGCCCCUGGCACCAUGUUCUAGAUGAUGUCUUGGCUCCAGGCACGAUGCCGUUGUACUGUACGUUAGGACCACGCAGGCCUUACCCAACCCUGACACUACAUACAUGCUCAGCCUGUUCACCUCUUCACCACAGUCAGUCCAUCCGUCAGGUAACUCAGCAAUUCAUCAAUUAAUCAGUGUGUGAAAUGUCAUCACCAUUGGCCAGAAUGCCCCAUAACUAGUUACCAGACCCCAAAGACGUGGAUUACCACUGUGAAUGUCUGACUACAUGUCUGACGACAUCAUCCAUUAAUUACCUAAACAAAGAAUAUUAGAAUUUCUGAAGCUACCGCCAGGUAACAUUCGGGAUAUUUGUACUUAAUCAAAGACUGUAGUGUAUAUUUUAUUAAUAAAUCGAUUAUCACAAUUAUUUUCUUAUAUUAAUUCCCUUACCAAUCAAUGAAUGGAUGAGCCGGCCAAUCGGCAUGGUGAUAUUGGACUGAAACAAAGAGUCCACGAUAAUGACGACCUACGCAGACAGGAAGGUCACCGAUCAAAGGUCAGUUGAACUUGUUGACUUCUUUCCCCUUCUCUCUCGCAUUUCCGAGCCAGAUAUGACUGCAGCUACUGCAAAUGUGGAAAGCUAGUGAGUUAGGGGCCAUUUGUUUCCUCAGCUUAGCGUUGGGCUGUUCACAAUAUAGCCAUACUCAUUAGUGGGUUUUCCCCUCGUGUUAGGCCUCUGUGAUGAAGACCUAAUACCGUGGGAUGAGGGAUUUUUACACAGAGAAUAUUUUUCUAUGAAGGACCAUGUCUGUAGAGAUCCCAGCUCCCUCGGCCAGGGCCUGUUGAGGGCCCAUCAUGGUGUUGGGUGGGGUGGGGGGCAGACGGUUUGAGCACCACGCGUUGGCCUGAAGCCGACCAGACCAGUCAGUCAGUGAGGUCGGUGUGAGGUCAUCAGUCGGACCACAUUGGUGGCUUCCUUGUUCCCGUAGCGCUCGUAGUCAUGGUCACGUAUUGGGCCUUUAGGUUAAGUCCCUUCCUUUGAAAGCGGUUCAGUCGUAUCCUGUUCCUGUUCUUCAGAGAAUAUUAAAAAAAAAAAUAUAUAUAUAUAUAUAUACAUGUAUAUGAUAUACGUUACCCUGUGAAGAGAAGAGACUUCAUGUUUUUGUUUUUUCUAGUUAUUUGUCUGCCAAAAUCAUUUCUACGUUAUUCUUUGUGUACACGUUGUAAAAUAAAAGUUAAUUUAAAAGAAAGUGGUAAUUGUACUGUCGCAGUUUAUUUAUUUUCAAAUCUUAAGACAUCUAGCAUUCAAUUUGUCUCUCAAUCAUUUCAUUAAGUUUGAUAUUUGAACUGUUGAUUCCAACGCCGUCGAAGCGUGCCUCUCUCUCUCUGAGCAGUAGAGUGAGGUUGCCAUGGGCCCAGGCGUCCAA